CUACGAAACUGCGUUUACUCCCGAGUCGGCCAUUUUGAGACAGAAAGAGGGGAGAGAUCAUUGUUGAUGUAUGCUUAUGUAUUAUCAUCGAAAUAAUGUUUUAAUUUCUCUGAAGAUCUCUCAAAGUAAUACAGAUACACCAGGUUUAGAGUAGAUAUCUUGGAUUGGAAUAUAUUUAUUUUUGAUGGGUUUGAGUUUGCUGAAAGCAUCGCCCUUCUUGUGAGAUUCAGUGGUCUUAAAGGGCCAUGAUCCAGGCUGGUGGGGAGCCCAAUGGCAACAAGAGUGGACACCUGGAGCUUCAAACAUCACAGAAUACUGACCAACAAACCCAAGUUAGGAAUACUCUCUUACAGGUUUCUCAGUCAGAAACCAGGGAGAUAACUCCAUCAGAGCAACAGAUAGUCCAAACCAAUGUCACUUCAGCAUCUUCUAUCCAGUUACAGCCCCAGGGACAGAGGAUAGCCUUAGCUCAGCCAGUGGCAGGUACAGUGAAUGUCAUUGCUGCCCCUGGUACUACAGGUGUUACACCUGCUGCCACUGCUGCUUAUCAACAUUACCUCAUUCCUGGUGUGUCACUGGGGAGUCAAAUUCAAAAUAUAGCUAUACCAGCUCAAGUAGCAGUGUCUUUACAACAAGGAUCAGUUAGAACAACCAGAACUGCACAGACUGAAGCAAGUGUUUCAUCAACAUCUUAUGCUAUUAGUUCACCACAAGGCUUAGCACGUAUUCUUGCUGCAGCCAGUCAGAGUUACAAUGUUCGAACCGGGAACCGUCCUGUCACAACCUCCGACAUUGGGUUAACAGGUCAUUCUCAGCUGCAGGCACAGUCCACUGUGCCUGUCACUGCAGUGAGUGUACAGAAUGUCCAGUUACAGAAACUAGGAACAGUAGGCUCCACUGUUCUUACUCUUCCUGUUGCUACUGUGAGCAUGCCUCAGAGGACAGUGGUAAGAACAGGGAGACAAGAUGGUGCUGGUGUGUGCUUAACAACGUCUGGAACAGGAACAGCAGUUUUAGGACAUCAGCAGCAACAGGCCAUUCUUCUGAAUCCUACUGGUGCUUUACAUGUACAGAGAAGCAACGUCAACAGAGUUCAUUCCUAUAGCUUAGCAAGUGCUAACACUGUUACGGGCCCUCUAGCUGUUCAGAGUGGCAGCACUGUUCUGCAGGUUGGAACACCUAAUCAGAGCUAUCUGGCAUCUUCAGUAUCUAAUCUGAUUCCACAGUCUAAGGUUGUACCUUCCCUGUCAUGCCAAGUUGCACAGGGGCAGACUUCAAAUAAACGAAAUGCUAAUAGUUCCCAUAGUACUUCUGUAAAUACAUGUAUGUCAAGUGUCAGUAAUAAUACAAUGCCUACUGUAAAUAGUGUGACUUCUAAUAAUGCCAUUGGUGUAGGAGGACCUCCCUCCAAAACUUAUUCAGUAAGUCCUGUAACAAAUAGAAACUUAAGUCCACAUUCAAGUCCGAAACCUAAAAGACUUAAACUGGAACUAAAACCGCCUCCAAAUGAAGAAACUGCAAGAAUGCGUAAUAAAAUAUUAGCACAUAAAAUUCAGCAGUUGAAGAGAAACAAAGAUAAAUAUACCGAACAUUUGACUGAAUUUUUUUUCCUUCAAAAUGGUGGGAAUAUGAUGGACUACUUUUUGUGGAGAAAACGUGCAACUCCUCAGUUAAUGGCUUAUUUAAAAGCUCAUGUUUUAGAUAGUGAUGAAGAAGAACAAAAAGUCCAAGCAGAAAUUAGGAGCACAGUUCCUGGUUCCUUCACUUCUACAUCUGCAUUUAUUCGCACCGGUUUAGGGCGUCCAGGAGCAGGUGACCUUGGAUCCCAGCCGAAGACUAUAGCAUCUUUCACUUCAUCUAGUCAGUUAACAUCUUCUUCCUCAAGACUUGCAAUAUCAGCUACUGGACACACACCAACUACAUCUAGGCCUAGUUUAACAGCACUAUCAAUAUCCCAUGGAUCCUCAAAACCUCCCAAGUCCAGCCCUACAGCAUUUCAAAACCUUCCAAAUAGGUUUACAACAAGACAGCAUUCUCUGUCAGCUGUUUACGAUUCCACUAUUGGCUCACAGGAAGAAAUAGUAGAAAGAGCAAAACAGGAAGCAUAUGUAGUACAGAGAAUAUCAGAAUUAAGAAAAGAAGGCCUGUGGUCAGCAAAGCGAUUACCAAAGGUUCAGGAACCUCCAAGAACAAAGGCCCACUGGGAUUAUUUGUUAGAAGAGAUGGUGUGGUUAGCAACUGAUUUUGCACAAGAAAGAAAAUGGAAGAAGGCUGCUGCUAAAAAGUGUGCAAAAAUGGUUGUCAAAUAUCAUCAAGAGAGACAGAUGAAAGCAGAAAAGGCAGAGAAGGAAGAGCUACAAAGGCUUAAAAGAAUAGCUGGUCAAGUUGCCAAAGAAAUCAAACAGUUUUGGGCAAAUAUUGAAAAGCUGGUAGAGUACAAGACACAGACAAGGCUCGAAGAAAAAAGAAAGAAAGCCUUAGACCUGCAUUUGAAUUUUAUUGUGGACCAGACAGAAAAGUACUCUUCUUGGUUAACUCAAGGAAUGAACAGAAGUAUUCGUGAUAGCUCAGUCAAUAGUAAAGCUUCAUCUGUGCCAGAAUCUAGAACAUCUAGUCCCAUUUCAGGGUCAUCUGUUGAUGAAUUUCGGCCCGAAGGCAGCAGUUCUGAUGACGAAGAAACAAUUGACAGGGAAGAAGCUGCAGGUAUCAAUGAAGAAGAGCAGAACCAAGAGAUAGAUCUUCUUCAGAAAGAAAGUGAGGUCCCAAUUGAGGAGUUACUGAAAACUUUACCAGCUGAAAUCUUGGAGAAACCUGCUCCUUUGACUAAUGAGGAAGAAACAGCCACUGAAAGUGAAACAGAAGAUAAGAGCAGAAUGUCCAGUGUAGACGUUAAAAAUGCAAAGAAAACUAAGGAUGAUGAAGAGUUCCAGGUUGUGAGCCAUGAAGAAGAAGAGGAUGAUGAAAAUUCAUUAGAAGAACAAGAGAUAAAAGAGAAAAAUGUAGACUAUGAAGCAGAACUAAAAGAACUGCAACAAGAAGGGGAAUGUUCUAUUGAAGAACUUUACGAAAAAUAUGCAGGUGCAUAUGCAAGUGAUUUUGAAAUUCCAGAGUCUGGUGAGAGUCUGGCAAGUGAAAGUGAAGAUGAACUUGAUGAAGAGGAAGAAGAAGAAAGCAUUUCAAAUUAUGAGGAUGUAGAUGUAGGCAUGGAAUACCUUGCUAAUAUGGAUGAAGCACAAGAUCAGGAUGAAAAGACGGAAACCACCGAUGACAAGACCUCCAAGGGGCCAAGUCGAGAAAUUACAGAUAUAGCAGCCGCUGCUGAAAGCUUUCAGCCCAAAGGAAACACCCUAUCAACAACUCAGGUUUUUACGAAAGUUCCAUUUCUUCUGAAGCAUCAGUUAAGAGAAUAUCAACAUAUUGGCCUUGAUUGGCUAGUGGCAAUGCAUGACCGAAAACUAAAUGGAAUUUUGGCCGAUGAGAUGGGACUAGGAAAAACUAUUCAGACAAUUGCGGUUCUCGCACAUCAAGCAUGUGAUAAGGGUAACUGGGGUCCUCAUCUUAUUGUCGUGCCAACAAGUGUUAUGCUGAACUGGGAAAUGGAAUUCAAGAAGUGGUGUCCAGCUUUCAAAAUUCUCACAUAUUAUGGAAACCCGAAAGAGAGAAAGCAAAAAAGACAGGGAUGGACAAAACCUAAUGCAUUCCAUGUGUGCAUCACCUCUUACAAACUGGUAAUCCAGGACCAUCAGGCAUUCCGCAGAAAACGGUGGAAGUAUUUUAUUCUGGAUGAACAUGUCAGUCUAUGGGCCUUAAACCUGUUGCUGGCUGAUCUAGAAUUGUGCCUUACUGCUUUUGCUGCUCACCGUAUUAAAAAGUUCCAGACAUUACCACGAUUUAUUGAGGAAAUUGAUAGUUAUCCUGAUCCACCUCCCAAAUGUCCACCUGGGAAAAUACGCUUGCACAUUCGGACAUCCACUGCAUCACAGCCUGCUUCAGGAAGAGCUUCUCCAAUGACGGGUGUGCAGAAUAGAGCUGUGUCACCUGCACCCCUCUUAAGACCCACUGCCCCAACAGUGCCUUCUAGGCCCAUUGGGUUUGCCCAGCCCCAGUUAGCUGCAACUCAGCAGAGGUUACUGGUUUUAACUAGCUCAGGAAAUGUAGUAGGACCAUCUUCCCAAUCCAUCAGUCCUGUUGCUGCACUUGGCACUAGUCAGUCAGGAGCAGAAUACACACUUCAUCAUAUACAGAAAACUUCUGCUGGCCUAGUUGGAAUUCCCGCAGUGUCUUCAAAAUUAGGCACAACCCUUCAUCUUCAACAAAACACACAGUUAGGAACGGGAGUGGCAACACCUUUUGGUAUUGGAAGGCUUCUUCAGACACCAUCUGGCCAACAUGUACUUCUUACACCUGCAACUCCUACCAUUUCUUCUGAUCAGUCUGUACUCUCGAGUGUUGGGGCUACUGUCAGUCAGCAGUUAACACAAUCUUCACGAUCACUUCAAGAUGCCCUGAAAGAGAAAGUAAUAUCCUCAACGGCACCAGCAACAACAGUGUCCACUAAUGUCGUCCUUAACCCAAGCACACCUGCAAGUACUUCUGCUGGAAAACCAGUUCUGAAAGUAACCCCUUUAACUGUUGUUACUCAACCAGCAACUGCAGUUCAGUACCAAAGAAGAAGAAAUAAAUUUACUAAUGUGACUCCAUCUAAACCUGUUACUUGUGGAGACACCUCAUCGUCUGUGGAACAGAAAAUGGACAACUCCACGAAGCUCUUAUUUCAACUCAAAUCCUUAGAAGGAAAGAAGAAAGAUUUUCGAAAGAACAAACUGAAGCUUCUAGGAUAUACAAAUUCCCAAAGGUGUGCAGCUUGUCCUAUUUACGGCCAUGACCUUGUAGAAGCUGUAACUGUUACCAAUGAUGUUCGUCAGUGCCCUAAAGGGAGACCUUGGGGAGGAAUGGGUUAUGUGAACUGUCAGAAUGCUCCAUUGACUCUUCACAAUCCCAGAAAUCUCUGGCAUCAGACACAAACGCUGAAUGAGAUGGUUUACACUCCAGAGACACUGCUCAGUGAAUUACAUGAUGUUAUAAGUAGGUUUGUUUUUGUUGUUCCUGGAGUUUCUGCCCCAAGAAUAAAGAUGCACAUGUCCCAUCCUCCCACCUCAACAUUACAGAAAAUCAAGUUAUGGAAACAAAAUAUUCAAAAACAGUUGGCUCCUCUCUGUAGAUAUCUGCAUCCAAUCAGCAGUAACAUGUCAACCCAGUUUCCAGAUUUAAGACUUAUACAGUAUGAUUGUGGUAAACUUCAAACUCUAGACAAGCUUCUGUGGCAAUUAAAAAAUGAUGGACACAGAAUUUUAAUAUUUACUCAAAUGUCAAGAAUACUCGACAUACUUGAACAGUUUUUGAACUAUCAUGGCCAUACCUACCUUCGUUUGGAUGGUAGUACACGAAUAGAACAAAGACAGGCUUUGAUGGAAAGAUUCAAUGCAGACAAGCGUAUCUUCUGUUUCAUCCUUUCUACUCGUUCAGGGGGUAUCGGAGUAAACCUGACAGGAGCAGAUACUGUUAUUUUUUAUGAUAGUGACUGGAAUCCAACUAUGGAUGCCCAGGCCCAAGAUCGAUGUCACAGAAUUGGUCAAACACGUGAUGUUCACAUAUACAGGCUAGUCAGUGAAAUGACUGUAGAAGAGAAUAUCCUGAAGAAAGCAGGACAGAAGCGGUUGUUAGGAGAUCUUGCCAUUGAAGGAGGAAACUUUACCUCUGUGUUUUUUCAGAAGAAUGCUAUCCGAGAGCUGUUUGGAAUUAAAGAAGAUAACUCUACAGACAGAUGUGUUGUCAAGAAAGAUCCAAAUGAUUCAGAUGUUUCAAAACUUGGAGUAACUGCAGUGGAAGAAAAGCCGGUUGACCUCACUGAGAAAUUCCUUCAGACUGAGUUAGAGCAGGCUUUAGGUAUGGCUGAAGAGGAAAAUGAUGUAGAGGCAGCUAAAACCGCAAGAGCUGAAGCUGCUGCCGAACUGGCUGAAUUUGAUGAAUCCAUCCCAAUAGAUUCAGAAACUAGAGAUAAUGAGGAGAGGUCACAGGCUGAGGAGGAGCUGGAUAAAUUAAUGGAUCAGCUGACACCUGUGGAGAAAUAUGCCAUGCAAUAUUUGGAAACAAUUCAGGAUUCAUUUUCAUUGGAGCAAUUAAAGCAAGCAGAGGAGGAAAUAGAAGCUCAAAAGAAAGACUGGGAACUUGGAAGACUGAAGGCCUUUAAAGAGGAAGAAGAAAGACGAAGAGCAUCGUACGACGAGGAAGAAGAUCCGAAAAUCUCGUACAGUCGAGAGGACGCGUAUAAUCAGGUGCCUAAAAAUUCCAAAUCUGGUAGCAAAGGGAAAGAUGUAAAAACAUCUAAGAAUAAAUCUAAAGACACAUCCCAGGGUGGGAAAGUAGGAACAAGAAGGGGUGAAACUCCGAAGCGUAGAAGUCGCCGGAUAAGUCUCCUUCAAGAAAGAAGGCAGUAUGAGGGUUGCAGUGAUUCUGAAAUUGAAGUUAAUAAGCAAAUUUUUGGCAGUAAAGCUGUUAAUCAUUUUGAUGAGAAAUGCUCUUAUACAAUGCCAUGUUUUAGGCAAAGUUCUACAGAAUUGAGGACAACUACUAUCAAAAUUAAUUCUGAAGAAAUAGGUAAAAAUGUUGAGGACAUUAGCACACACAGCUCACCAGAUAGUCCUAUGACCAUAGACUUUGGCUCAAAAAAUGCACCUACUGCUUUUUCCAAUAGCGUGGAAUCAAAUAAGCCUAGUUUUGUCUCAAAUGUUACUACGUGUAACACACUAUAUAAGAAUGUUACAAGUAUUAAAGAACCCAGUAAAAAAGUAGGUACAGUUUUUCUUUUGUCAGAACAUUAUCCUGUAUCUUCUGGCUCAGUAAAAGACAUUCCCACACUAAGUGGUACUUCUGAGGUUUUAUGUAACAUGUCAACGACUGCAGGCUCCCAUGAUCUUUUAGCAAGAGAAUGUGUAUCAAGUGUACGUGCUUCUUUGCCCAAAUUGUCUUCUGUCACUUCUGUUCCACCACCUUUUUCAAAUCCCAACCUUGUCAUACGUACCCGUCGAGCUUCUGCAAGGGAAGCCCAAUUAAAGCAACCUAUUAGUUCACCUGUAGAAAUAAGUUAUACAAACUCCAUUAGUGUUGAGCCUAGCCACUCUCCAUUGUCAGGUUACGGGGUUUCGGUGGAACAGGACGAAGUUCAAAAUAGAGCAGCUUUGGCUCCAUUUCCAGAGAAAAGGGUUACUGUAAUCAGAUCUAUUAGCCUACCGGGUACACUAUCCAGUGGUGCUUCUGUACACGAACAGAAUGGUAUUAUAUGGUGUCCUCCCACUCCACCCACAGAAGAGAAUGACCUGUAUGUUGACCACAGCUUGGGGUUCCUGUACGAAGAGAGCAUUAUGACUGAGUCACAGCUGCCCCCUGUAUUCGUGAUUCAGUCUUUGCAAGGCCUUCCCCUAAACCUUACAGUGCUUUCUCCUGCACACAUACCAAACUGGGACCUUGUAGCAGACGUGUUUAACUCUGUCAGCCGAACCUACCGUUCUCCCAAGCAGUGCAAGGCUCGCUAUGAGAGCGUCAUUGUGCCCCGAGAGGAAGGGAGAAUACUGUAUGAUACUAACCCCAAGAAACAGAAGAAAACAAAGGGGAUAUACAAGACCAAGAACAAUCGGCCUAUGAGGACAAGCCAACUUUAUAUGCAGGAUAACAAUAACACUUUCACCAGCUUGUACAACAACCGCUUCGAAACCAUCAAGUCUGUAGCUAACAAGCGUACACCAACCUUGAAGCCUCUCUUUGUGAACCCUGCGGGGAAGAACUUGAAGCAUGCUGCUGUAUUAGCAGAGAGUGGAAUUGUGUACGACCAACCACUUAGCCCAGUGAAGGUGGCAUCCAACAGAGCUGACAGGAUUGCAAGAGAAAAGCAACGUACGCAACAGGCAGCUGCAGCUGCGGCGGCAGCGGAGCAACAGCUGACAGCACAAAGACAGCAACAACAACAACAGCAGCAGCAAGUGACCGUCACGGCUCAGGGAAUCACUCAGCAGCAAGCGGCCCAUGCACAGGCUGUAAUUGCCAGUCUUACUCCUCAGACUCAACAGUUACAAGCCGUAGUAAGUGUUUUGAUAUUUUUUAUGUAA